AUGGAGCUCGGAGGGGCACUGACCAUCUUCCUGGGCAUUUGUGUUUCCUGCUUGCUCCUGAUCUCAGCGUGGAAGAGGAUGCACAAGGAGGGCAAGUUGCCCCCUGGGCCGACACCCUUGCCCUUCAUUGGCAAUUUACUGCAAAUGAAAACCAGUGAGCCCUUCAAAUCCUUCUUGGCGCUGCGGGACAAAUAUGGCCCCGUGUUCACGAUAUACUUGGGGCCCCGGAGGGUUGUGGUCCUGUGUGGGCAUGAGACAGUGAAGGAAGCUCUGGUGGAUCAAGCCGAGGAGUUCAGCGGGCGAGGGGAGCUGGCUUCCAUUGACCGGAACUUCAAUGGCUUUGGAGUUGCUUUCGCCAAUGGGGAGAGAUGGAGGCAGCUCCGCCGCUUUUCCCUCACCACACUGAGGAAUUUUGGGAUGGGGAAACGGUCCAUCGAGGAGCGGAUCCAGGAGGAGGCGCAGUACCUGCUGGAGGAAUUCAGGAAAACCAACGGACUGCCCUUCGACCCCACCUUCUUUCUAAGCCGCACAGUCUCCAAUGUCAUCAGCUCUGUUGUCUUUGGAAGCCGCUUUGACUACGAAGACAAGACUUUCCUCGCCUUGUUACGCAUGAUCAAUGCAAGCUUCUUCGAGAUGAGCACUCCUUGGGCGCAGCUCUACGACAUGUAUUCCUGCAUCAUGAAGCACUUGCCAGGAAGACACAACCGCAUCUACUACCUCAUCGAGGACCUAAAGGACUUUGUUGCAGAGAAAGUCAAGGUCAACCAAGCGACGCUCGAUCCCAACAGCCCACGAGACUUCAUUGACUGCUUCCUCAUCCAGAUGGAGAAGGAAAAGGAGAACCCUUCCAGCGAAUUCAACAUAAAGAAUUUGGUCCUCACCACCCUCAACCUGUUUUUUGCUGGGACAGAGACCGUCAGCUCCACCUUGAGAUAUGGAAUUGUCUUCUUGAUGAAACACCCAGAAGUGGAAGAGAAGGUCCACCAGGAAAUUGACCAGGUCAUUGGCCAUAACCGCAUCCCUGCCACGGAGGAUAGGAUGAACAUGCCCUACACGGAUGCCGUCAUCCAUGAGAUCCAACGGCUGACAGACAUCGUCCCCCUGGGAGUGCCACACACGGUGAUCCGGGACACUCAGUUCCGGGGGUACCUCCUCCCCAAGGGCACCAAUGUCUUCCCCUUGCUAGGCUCAGUCUUACGUGACCCCAAAUACUUCAGCAACCCUGAGAAAUUCAACCCUGGGCACUUCCUGGACGAGAAAGGGCGCUUUAAGAAGAACGAUGCUUUUGUGCCUUUUUCCUCAGGAAAGCGCAUCUGUCUGGGGGAAGCCAUGGCUCGCAUGGAGCUCUUCCUAUACUUCACCACCAUCCUGCAGAGCUUCUCUCUGAAAUCCCUCGUGCCUGCAAAGGACAUUGACAUCUCCCCCAAACUGAGUGGUUUUGGGAACAUCCCGCCUGUGUAUGAGCUGUGCCUGGUCCCUCGCUGACCCCAGCUUUGAUGUGGCACCUGCCUCAGGUGGGGGUUGAGGGAGGGAGGGGAGAUGUUUGUCUGUUCGCCUCUCUUGCAUCUGUGCAUUUCCCCCAAAACUGCUUCAGAAUCAUGCACAAAAGCACCUCUUGCGCAGUCACAUUUUUAAGCCCGCAAAAUGUCUGGGUUGUGCAGGUUCCUUUCUCCUGCCACAGUUGGAUAGAGCUGCUUCAUCUGACCCAGAGGGGCAAUUGUGACAUUCCUUGUCCUGCUUGUACAAACAGAACUCCUUAGGGGGGCACAAGAAGGUCUGGCCUGUGACAUCAUUAAGGCUGUGCUGACACUGCCCCAGUGCUCUUGCUGUCCUAGUUCCCUAGACUCCAGUGAAGACGGGUGGCCCCAGUGUCAGUGGAGCAGGGACUCUGCUCUGGGUUCUGUGGGGCAGUGCAUCCACUCUGGGUUUUAGUCUGAACUGUCAAAGAGUUGUCCAAGGUGCUAAACGCUCAGGCUAAAGUUCAGACUAAAACCUGGAGUGGAUUCACUGCCCCACUGACAGAGUCACCAGUUCACAGGUCUUGGACCACAAGUGACCACAAGUGAUCAGAGAACUACAUGACAUGCCAAUAUCCUCUACAGCAGCUCCCCAGCUUUUAUGGAUGACAACUCGCAUCAGCCUGAGCCAGUACUGCCUUGGGCUGAUGGGAGUUGUCAUCCAAAACAGCUGAGGAAGACUGCUCUAUGACACAGGUCUUCAACUGCUGGGUCAGGACCCAUUACCGGAUCACGACUAACCUAAGGUGGGUUGCAACCUACCACCAUAGAAAUAUAUGGUCAAAAUUAAGGAAACUGAAAAUUAGGAAAGUUGGACACAUCUUUUGGAUCAAGUGGUGCCAAAUCUCUCUAGAUUGCAGCCUCCUGGUAGUUGAAUUCUUUCCAGCAGCUCCCUUUUUUGCUGGAAAGCCCCAGAAAUGUCCAAAAGCUCCCCCACCCUUGACCAGAGGCUGCCCCUUCUGUCUGAUGAGUCAUCCUUUCUAGAGGGGUUCCCAUCAUCCCCUCCCUCGAGGUGUUCUCACAGAGGAGGCUGCCUUCAGCCAGGCCUGUUAUGCAAAUGCAUGAACCGGCAUUGGUCAGAAUGCUCACUUGCAUGGCAAAUGCCUCUGCUAAGCUUUCUGUCCUGCAUGAACAAUCAUCAGUCAGACUUAUUGGUAGAUUAGAGGUCAUUUAAGGCUGUGCACGCAACAUACAUUUGAAAGCACAAAGCUUCCCCCAAAGAAUCCUGGGAACUAUACUUAUGCCCCUCACAGAGCUACAGUUCCCAGCACCCUUAACAAACUACAGUUCCCAGGAUUCUUGGGGAGGUCAUGCGCUUUAAAUGUGCUUUGAAAGUAUGGGCAGCCAUCUGUCGGGAAUGCUUUGAUUUGGAUUCCUGCACUGAGCAGGGGGUUGGACUUGAUAGCCUGAUAGGCCCCUUCCAACUGCACUAUUCGAUGAUUGUAUGAUUCUAUGGUAUGCACAUCUUAAGUCUCAUGGAUGAACACAACCACAGUCUAACGCCAGAAGGAUCCAGAAUGAAUGUAUACCCAGGAUGGCUCUGUUAGCUCAAGCAUUAAUACAGAUUAAAAUCCGUGUUUUGGGGGAAAGAAGUGCUGACAGUGUGCCUUUUUCAUCACUGUAUUCAGAGGGUGUUUAAAGCAUAUUUAGGCUUGAAGCAUUAAAACUGAAGCGAGCUAGAGAGCGUGCGGGAAAGCAGGCAUAUCAGGCACAUCUUCCUCUUUACCCUUACUUGGGGAAAUCAGAUUUGUUUUCCUCUGAAUUUGACAUUUUCCCAUCAUUAUUGAUGUUGUAUGGUACAGAGAGAUAUUAGACAACAGGAUGCAAAAUGUUGAAUUGA